CUCAAAGUAUUAAUAGACUGAAAUGCUGUUUACCACAGUGUUGGGUUUGCAACACAUGUGCAGGCAUUUAAAAAAUAUUAAUAAAUCGAUAUACUGGUAAGAAAAGGUUUUACCCAGAUAUAUUCAAUUUAUUAUUUUAUUUUAAUUUGCUUCACACACACUAUUAAUCAGCUUUUCUUGCACUUAAAACUGCAGAAGGAUAAAUUAAAAAAUAUAAUAUAGAUAGAUCUAGAUUUUCAGAAUUAGCAUGUUGUUGGCCUGAAGAAAAACAGGAAGACAACAAAGAUUGCAGGUAGCAGUGUGGUUACUUUGUGUUUACUGACCUGCUUUAAACUACAGUGACACAGUUAGAUAGACAGUACAUAACAACCGAAGCUUCUGCUGUUCACUAAAAACAGCAUCAAACACAGAAACAUGGCUGACCCAACAAACAUAACUUCAUCUUACAAUCAGACCUGUGAUCUGGCUGUCCCAUCAGUCAGCCCUGUCUUUAUGGUUGCCUACAGUCUGCUGUUUCUGGUGGGUUUAUUUCUCAAUGGCAUCAUCGUGCGGUUUUACUGUUGUCAAGCUCGGCAGCAGGCAUCAAGCAGCUUGAUGGUCUACCUGAAGAACCUGACAGCUGCUGACUUCCUGCUCUGCCUCUGUCUGCCACUCCGCAUCACCAAGUACGCCAGCAGCUCUCUCAUCAUUCGGAGGCUCUACUGUAGCUUUGGAACUUCUGCCUUCUUCCUCAACAUGCAAGCCAGUAUCCUGUUCAUGGGAUACAUCGCUGCUAACAGGUAUCUGAAGGUGGUCCAUUCUUCAGGGCCUCACUUCCUCCAGACAGUACGAGCUGCAUACAUCAUCUCCAUGAUCACCUGGUUUAGUGUCCUGGCUCCAAUAAUCACCUAUACCAUACUAUUUUUCAUUACUCAACAACCUCUGACCUCUGACCCUGGUUGCUGUGAAGCCCUCAUUAGUGCAUCAAUUAAACUGAUCUACAAAAUCUUCCAGGCCUGCUCUUUCAUACUCUUCCUGUUGGUCCUCAUAUCCCUGGUCUUCUUCUACUACAGCACCUCCCGCAGGGUGUUGCAGGAACAGAAGAAGCAGCUGGCCUCCCGCCACUCUGAGAAGCUUGUGAAGUCUCGCAGGAACAUAUUGGUGCUGGUCAGCAUUUUCUGUGUUUGCUUCAUCCCGUAUUACUUGGUUCGGCUUCCCUUGGCAUUUAAGUUGGGCGGCAGAUCUGUGCAUCAGGUGUUCUACUAUUUAAAGGAUGCAACCACAAUACUGUCAGUUUUUAAUGUCUGCCUGGACCCUCUUGUUUACUUUUUCCUUUGUAAGAGUGUCCGAGCUCAGGUGAAUCUGAAGAUUCCAUCCAAGAAGACCAAGAGCCGACAACCAAACAAGGGGAGUGAGUGGAGUGAGGAGCAGCAGACAGUUGUUACAACAGCAGCAAGUCAAACCAGUGAGCUGUAAGAAAGAUUUAAACAGUUUAAAAUGCACAGAUUUGCUUGAAACCAGGCCAUGGAUCCCGAUUAAGUCUGUGAAGGUUCUCAGUCAUCCAGGUCAU